AUGAGGCAGCAUGCCCUGCAGCUCCAUAAUGGAGGGCCUCUCGCAGCAUUCAGUAUCUUGGGUAGCGGCAUGGACAGCGGACACACACCCACGUUGCCAAGCUAUGCGCAUUCUUGCGCCACACACAAGCGAUCGCUGUGCCGGCAGCUGUUUGCGUACACAGUAAGCGAUCCAGUCAUCAUUUUAAUAACGCUGGCCGUCGUUGUUGGCUCUUUUUGUCUGCUCAGUGGAUUUAUUCUGUUGUGCAUGGUAUCCAAGGCGUGGCAGGAUGAAACAUCAGAGGCAAUACUUUUAAUCGGAAUUGGAUUCUUCAUAACGUCCCUCUCCUGUGUCACCUGGAAACUGACAAAUGCCCAACGUCUGAUCCAGAUAAUGGAAAACAUCAACGAUGAGAUGGUUUAG